AUGGCGAACAGCCCGGCUGUUGCCGCGAGUAAAGCGCAAGGCAACACGCGUAGCACUCAGCGCAUCAUCGAGCUCGAGAGUCAAGUUGAGCAGCUCAAGGAGAGCCUACGUGUCAGCAGACAAGCUGCCGAGCUGAGCAAUCAACUCGCGGCUGCCAAGGAUGCAGAGAUUGCGAGGCUCCAGACUGGACUGGCUCAACUCAACGGCACGCGACUUGGGCCUGCCGAGAUUGCGCCUGCCAGUCGGAUUGUGAGUGGCAGGGGCGGUCUCACCGAACGAGAAGUCAGGAAUGCGCGCUUGUAUGAUGAACAGAUGCACCACAAGACGCCAACAGCAGCAGAGGCAAGAGCUCUACGUUGGUACCCGAACAAAGAAAUCGAGAUGGCGUGUGCGAACCAACCGGACACGAAGCAGUUUGAGAAGCUCGUGUGCAAUUACGACGGCGAGUCUGUGUGGAGCAUGGAAUCAGCCCAGACAGCUCUCAUGCCUUUCCGUAUUCACGCUUGGCGACGCGUUUGUGAGGCCCUCAACAUGACAAAUACCGAUGCAACACUCCCAAUGUCGCUCGAACUGGUCAGACAGGCCAUCUUGCCGUUGUGGAAAGCACUCUGCAUCUUGCUCGAGCAAGACGUCUUCCCUUUCGUCUUUUGCGACAGUCACUACAAGAGCGAAGCCUAUCUCACUCUCGUCUUGACCCUCCGCAACAGCCUGAACGCGCGCGGUGAAGAGAGCAGACUGCAGCAGGAGAAGGAGGCCGGUGUCAGUACGAAGCCAGCAAAGUCACAGAAUGCGCAGCAUACCACUAUUGGCAGCACGACCAUCGCUUGGACAGCCGAUGCCUCUGGCUCACAUGACCAACUCAACUCAACCGGUCAUGCCGUCGCGAGCACAAACGCACUGGCAGAACCAGACACCGGUCUCGACAAUCGGGAAUUCUAUACCUCCCUUGCGUCUCGUGUCGUAGGCGAUACAGCACCCGAGACGAGCCUUCAGACGCUUACCGAUGCGCCUGCCGAUGUGAGCUAUGUCAAGAUGGAUACCAAUUCGACGAGCUCUGCCCGGUACGCUCGCUAUGGCUUCUGCAAAUGUUACACGAGAGGAUGCGGCUCACUCGGUGGUGGCAAGGGUCGUUCGGUCUGCAUACCGACGAUGAAGACCCACCUUCAAGCGGACAAAGAUGCGCUCAUAUCGCUCAAGAUCUCUGGCAAAGAGAAUCUUGCUCCAGCAGAGUUGAAGGCCAAUAUUGCCUACAUGGAGAGAGGCUACAUCCCAGAUGGCAUGCGUGCUCAGAAGAGGCAAGCGCCGCGAUCCGAAAAGCCUCAGAUGAUCGUCAAGGCCUAUGUACCAGAGGACGGUCCCGAAUCGGCUUUGCAGCUCGACAUGUCAUCCCCAGGCGCGAUCUCACCGGGCGCGAAACGCAAGUUUGACGAUUCAGAGCCAGAGCCAGACCUGUGUGUUGCCAUCAAGGCGGAUAAUGCUGCCAAUGCUAGAGAGAAGAGACGCGCCACGCGGGCGCACAGACUGCCUGACAACGGUCGUCGUCGUCGUCAUCACCCUUGCUUCCUUGCGACUUUGCAUCUGCUGCCACGAAUGGGUGACAUCAGGAUCCCGACUGAGCAGGAGCAGACCACCGCUCGACAGGACCGUGAGCUUUGUCAGACUUUGCGCAUUCAGGAGCUCGUGACCGAACUCGAAGAAAGCCGGAAGCAGCUCACGGAGGCCGUCAAGCAGCGGGAUGAGCUUCACAGACUCGUCAUCGCGAGAGAGAUGACCGUGGCCAAGUUGCGCAACCAGCUAGUCGAGCAACAGUUUGCCCACAACCGUGCCCAAUCGCUGAGAUCACGUACGAAUGACUCUUCAUCAAAAUUCGCCUCGCCUUCUGCGAGUCCUCAUCCGGCUCAGUAUAGAGCACCGGCAUGGAUCUAUCAUGCAAUGACGCCGGCUGCUCAGCUCAGCGAAGAAGAACAGCUGGACGCGAAAAGCUACACAGAGACUGAAAAUCCUACGCCACCGUCGGGCGCUGAUCUGAGAGCAUUGCUCUGGCAGCGUGCUAAGGCCAUCCAGACCUUUGCCAAGGCUGGGGAUGCCUGGACAAAGUUUGCAGACUGGAUCAUCGAUGCACAAGGACGACCUCUGCGCGAGAUUCCCGGUAUGCUCGAGCGACUUGCCCAGAUCAAGGCCUAUGCAUGGUUCCGCGUGUCAGAUUGCUACGGCUUCAAGCCGGUCGGCCCGGUCGGCGUCUUCAACGGCAACGAUGUGAAGAGCACUCAUCCGGAACUGUGGAAGUCACUCUGUCGACGAGCAGAACGAGAAAUACCGCCCCUUGCCUUGUGCGAGGUCCAUUAUAAGGCAAGUCCGGCACAGGCCGAUGCGCUCAUCUUUCAUACCCUCGAGACCAUCGUCAGCGCAAGGAAUAAAGCCGAUCGUGAGUCGACAGGUCAAGCGCAAGCCGUCGUCGAUCCCAGUCUCUUGCCGGAUGCCGCACCACAGGGAGCAACAACGUCUAUCGCAUCCUCGUCGGCGAUUGCCGAGCCAGCUUCUGACUCGUCUGUUUUGUCAGAGCACGCCUCCGCCCGCAGGACCGUCAUGCUAGACAAGGCAAAGUUUGCGUUCUGCGCUUGCUUCUCCGCCGCGUGCUACUUACACAAUAAAGGCAAAGGGAGGUCAUACCAAGUCCAGACCAUUCGCAAGCACCAAGCGGUAGACCAAGCACGUCUCAAUGCCCACCUCAACAAUAGCAGAGUCGUUGCAAGCGCGUCUGCUCUGCAGCAUCUCGAACGUGCAUGCGAGUACGCGCAAGAGGGAGCAGUCGUCGAUCCCGAUCGUGUAAGAGGCAGAGCGCGAGGCAGACCCACAGGAGCAUCGCCUACGCAGAUCGCGCCUGCAAGUGAAGAAUUCAAGCAGCCAGUCUCAGCGCUGGCUGGAACCGACAACGCGAGGACAGCUUCGAAUAUGGAACAAGACGAAGCAGCCGCGAUGUCGGCAAGUCAGCUAUCCGGAGCAUCUCACAGCGAAGCAGCGUCUAUAGAUGGCGCUCACGUAGAAGAGAUCGCCUCAGUUGUCUGA